AUGUUGAUAUGUCUCCAGAGAUCUGACAUGGAGCACCAAGGUUGGAGUUUUGAGGAUAAUUACAAUCUGUCCAAUAAUAGAAGAUUUAUAAGGCCACAAGAUGAACUAGUAGAGUUGUUAUGGCGAGAUGGGCAAGUGGUUCAGCAGAGCCAAACUCAAGCUCAAACUCAGAAACAGGAUCAUCAACAAGAAACCCUAAGAUCCAACACCUUUCUUGACGAUCAAGAAACCGUCUCUUGGAUCCAAUACCCUCCAGAUGAAGAUCCAUUUGAAUCCGAAGACUUCUCCUCUCAUUUCUUCUCAACUAUAGAUCCCCUCCAGAGACCGGCUCCAGACACGAUCAAACACGAGGCCGGUCCUAACCCUCCUGAUCAGAUCAUGCCUCCUCCUAAGUUUAGGUUAACGGAUUCAUCAUCAGGAGUCAGAGAACUAGGAAAGGAGCAGUACUCUGUGGUGACUGUUGGACCGAGCCACUGCGGGAGCAACCAAUCUCAAACCGAUCACGAUGUCUCACUGACUCAUGAUCAAAGUAAAACAAUCGAUGAGAGGCUCUACCGGAACGCAAGUUCAUCAUCAGGUGGCUCCUCUGGUUGCAGCUUUGGCAAGAGCAACAAAGAAAUGACUUUUGGAAGAAGCAUCACAACAGAUCAUAAGAGAAAACAUAUAAUGGACACUGAUGAAUCUGUGUCUCAGCAGAUGUAUGGUUUAGUUUCUUUAACUCAUGAUAAUAAUAAGUUCUUAAAACGUUUUCUUGGUUCUUGA